UUUGAUCCAUACAUUUCAUUUUUUAAACUACUCUUGGGGGCUACUUUUGUGGCUCUGUAGCAUUAUUGUUACUAUUUUUUUGAUUACUAUGCAUACAUGUCUGCAAAUUCUUUACCUAACCAGCCUCAGUUCUGGUAUAGUUCUCUUUUUCUCCAUGGCUUUAUUGGAAACUUGAGUGAGCUAAUACACUCUUGGAUAUCAAAAUGUGAAUGGAUGGAUAUAUAUGAUUGUUCGUAGUAACCUAAACUUUUUUGUCUCUGUUUGUGAGUAGGGAAACAGAAUCAGGAAAACGAGUGAGAUUGCACCCAUUCCCAGCUGCCAUAUAUAAAGUUAUAUAAUUAGCAUUUUGAAUCAUUUUGAAUCAGGAAAACUUUUUUGGUUUUUGGUUUAUUUAUUAUUGUUAUUAUUUCAUUAGACAUAAGUUACCAACCCUUACUGCUAUGGUACUUGUGGUGCAUGUACUAUUGUUUUGAGGGGUUUUCAAAACUAUAUUUGGGAAUCGUUUUUUGUGUGAUUGCAGGUAAAGAAAUAUCUUGCUGCAAGUAUCAGGAAGAUUGAGCUCCACUGGUUAGGUAGUCAUGAGCAGAAGGAAAAGGAAUAUUUGUCAAAAUCCAUUUGAUGCGUGUCCUUUUGAGGCAUUUUAUCACGGCUCGUGGAAAUCUGUGGCGUGCAUACGAAUAAGGGCCGGGUCUAUAACUAUGCUUGUAGUAGAUGGUGGAGAUGUGUUUGAAGAAAAUGUUUCUGUACCAAACCUUCGAGUAAGAUCAAGAAAAGCAAAUUGGUCAGAUUGCAUCUUUUUAAGGCCUGGACUUGACGUUUGUGUUCUUUCGACCUCUCAACUUACAGAAAGUUCAAGUGAAGAGAAAAAUAUGGAAUCAGUCUGGUUAGACGCUCAAGUAAAUUCUAUUGAGAGGAAGCCUCAUGAGCCUAAAUGUACUUGCCAAUUUUAUGUUAGGUUCUAUGUUACACAAGACCCCCUUGGCAUGAGCAAGAAAAAGCUUAGCAAAGAUACAAUCACAGUGCAAAUUGAUCAAAUGUCCAUCCUUCAAAAUCUUCAAAAGAACCCUUGUGAAAAUGAGCACUACCGUUGGGACUUCUCCGAGGACAACUUCUCUUCACUGCAAAAAUAUAAAUUGUUAACGGGAAAGUUCUCAUCUGAUCUUUCAUGGCUACUUGUUGCAUCUGUUGUGAAGAAAGUUGAAUUUGAUGUCAGAUCAAUACAAAACAGGAUUGUCUAUCAGAUUUUGGGUGAUGAUUUAAGUGCUGUAAAUUUCAAAUUAGAGAACGAAAGAUCAGGCCCCAUUGUUGUCCCGUUUACUCUAUCUGAUAUUCUUGAGAAGGGAAUUGAUUGUGAGAUUGAUGAAGAGGAACCAUUGCCAUUUUAUGAUUUAAUGGGCUUGCGGCGAUCCAAGCGUCGAUGUGUACAGCCAGAUCGUUACUUGGGUUGUGGUGAUUUGUCGGAGUCAGAUAUUGAGGUGGCUCAAACAGGGAUAUGCAAAACAAACGGAGCGAAGUAUGAUGAAAGUGAUGAAAGGGUUUCACGUAAAAAAGAUUCCUUUGAGAAUCGUCUUGCAUGCCAAAUUAAGAUCAAAUCAUCAAAGGAGGUGAAAUGGGUUGUAUCCAAACAAAGAGAACAUCAACAGCAACUUGCUGAUCAAAGAAAACAUCAAUCUGAACAUGCUAGUGUUCGUGUUUGUGUUCCUGUGCUUGUUGAGACUGAUCAGAUGGUCCAUGACAAAGAGGAUCCUCAUGAUGCUCAGAUUCCUGACACUUAUUCAGAAGAUAUUGGUGAAAAGGUUGAAGGUAGAUGGGAGUGGAAAGGUUCACAUAAGAAAUUCCAAAGAAAAAUGGAUUAUUCUACAUGUUUAGACCGGAGGAUUUUUCAUAAUGAUGGAACUAACAGAAAGAGAUCCUUUAGUCCGAGUAUGUGCAAAGAAAUGAUAAGGACAUGUAUGGAGAACAUAAAAUCCACAAUCAAGAAGGAACAACCACUAGUUAUUGAUCUGUGGAAAGAAAUCCAGGCAGAAAAUUUCUUGAACCUAGGGGAUAUUAGCAACAUGCCCUUAUUGGACGAGGAAGAAGACUCGGAAAUUGACAUGUGGGAGGAAAUGGAAUUUUCCAUGGCAUCAACCUAUCUUCUUGAUGAUAGCAAGGGUUCCAAUGUUGAAGUCCCUGUUGAGGUUGAGCAAAAUACAAGUGGACACUGUGGACAAGUUUGCCAGCAUGAGUACGAACUCAAUGAAGAAAUUGGAAUUCUAUGCCAACUAUGUGGCUUUGUGAGCACUGAAAUAAAAGAUGUCUCGCCAACCUUUUUUCAAACCAGGAGUUUGAUUCCAAUCAACCAUUCACUCAAUGAAGAAGAUUCAGAGCAUAAGGCGGAUGAAGGUAUGGGGCUCGAUCUUUUUGGUGUCGCUGCUGCCUCCAACAUGCCCUUAUUGGAGAGGGAAGACAAUGUGUGGGCUUUAAUACCCGAUCUUAAAAGGAAAUUACACUUCCAUCAAAAGCGAGCAUUUGAAUUUCUUUGGCGUAACGUUGCUGGUUCUUUGGUACCCGAACUUAUGGAACAAAUGGUUGAGAAAAGAGGGGGUUGUGUUAUUUCUCACUCUCCUGGGGCAGGCAAAACUUUGCUUAUCAUUGCAUUCCUUGUGAGCUACUUGAAGUUAUUCCCCAGAUCACGACCUCUAGUCCUCGCUCCAAAAACAACACUCUGUACUUGGUACAAAGAAGUGAAUAAGUGGGAAAUUCCUAUUCCGGUUUAUCAGAUCCACGGUCUUGGAACCUACAGAGACGAACACUUGAGGCAGAAAUUGAGAUCAUCUCCAGAAGCUCUGAAGGCCAACCAAGAUGUUAUGCACCUUUUAGACUGCAUGGAGAAAAUUGAGAAGUGGCUCAUACAUCCGAGUGUACUUCUAAUGGGUUAUACCUCUUUUCUAACAUUGACCCGAGAAGAUUCAAAAUUUGCUCACAAAAAAUAUUUGGGAAAAGUGUUGCGGCAAAGUCCUGGGAUUCUUAUACUUGACGAGGGGCACAACCCGAGAAGCACUAAAUCGAGGCUGAGGAAGGCUUUGAUGAAAGUUGAGACGGGGUUGAGAAUUUUGCUCUCGGGCACGUUGUUUCAGAAUAAUUUUAAGGAGUAUUUCAACACCCUCACUUUGGCAAGACCGAGUUUUGUCAGUGAGGUGUUGAGGAAAUUAGACCCAAAAAAGUUUAAGAGGAGGAAGAGAAGCACAAAAACACACUUUUUACUAGAAAAUAGAGCAAGAAAAUUUUUCGUCCAUAAAAUUGCAAAGAAGAUUGAUUCGGGCGUAGAGGAAAAAAGAAUGGAGGGUUUGAAUAUGUUGAAGAAUUUGACAAGUGGAUUUAUAGAUGUAUACGAAGGUGGAAGCUCCGACAACCUUCCCGGUUUACAAUGUUACACUAUAAUGAUGAAGUCAACACCUUCCCAACAAGAGCUGCUGACAAAACUUCAGGGUGAAAGACCUUUGUACAAAGGAUUUCCAUUGGAAAUGGAGCUUCUGAUUACUCUUGCAUCGAUACAUCCUUGGUUGAUCCGAACUACAGCGUCCUCCAGUAAAUAUUUCAGCGCGGAAGAGUUGAAUUGUCUUGAGAAAUACAAGCUUGACCUCAAGUCGGGUUCAAAAGUGAGAUUCAUCAUGAGCCUCGUGCCUCGAUGCAUCAUCAGGAGGGAGAAGAUCCUGAUCUUUUGCCACAAUCUCGCUCCGAUCAAUCUAUUCCUAGACAUAUUCGAGUCAUUCUAUGGGUGGCGAAAAGGUGAAGAAGUUUUGGUGCUUCAAGGGGACAUUGAACUUUUUGAACGUGGAAGGAUAAUGGACAAGUUUGAGGAACCGGGAGGGCCCUCAAAAGUAAUGCUAGCUUCGAUCACAGCUUGUGCCGAGGGCAUUAGUUUGACUGCAGCGUCACGGGUGAUCUUAUUGGACUCGGGGUGGAAUCCCUCCAAGAGAAAGCAAGCUAUAGCACGGGCUUUUAGGCCUGGUCAAGUGAAAGUGGUGUAUGUGUAUCAGCUAUUGGCUGCUGGAAGUUUGGAAGAAGAGAAGUACAGUAGAACAACGUGGAAGGAGCGGGUUUCAAGCAUGAUAUUCAGUGAGGAGCUUGUGGAGGAUCCUUCUCAGUGGCAAGCAGAGAAGAUUGAAGACGAUAUAUUGAGGGAGAUAGUGGAGGAAGAUAGAGCUACAUUGUUCCAUAUGAUAAUGAAGAAUGAGAAAGCUUCAAAUGGGGUGAUCAGAGGUAAAGAAUAGCCUUCUAUAUCAUAGUAAAACAAUGUAUAUUUUUGCCAAAGCUUAAACAUAUUAUGUGAUGUUGUUUUAAAGGACAAAACUUGAAGCAGCAACAUAUCCUUUUGGGGGGUGUUUUUGUAGAAAUGCAUUACAUAUAGCAUAACUGUGCAUAGGGUUUGUUUUGUACAUAUGUUAGAACAUAUUAUAGAUUAUAUAUAGCUUAACAUAUUAUAGA